AUGGUUAUUGGAGAUUUCAAUAAAGAUAAUAUACUAGAUGUAGUCGUAGCUAAUCCUGCGAGCAGUAAUAUUGUUGUACUUCAUGGAACAGGCAAUGGAUCAUUUACGAGUCAAGAGACACAUUCAACUGGUUUUGAUUCUACUCCAAUAUCUAUUGUCGUUGGUGAUUUCAACAAUGACAAUCGAUUAGAUCUUGCCACGGUCAGUAAUGAAACUAACAGUAUAACAGUAUUUCUUAGAUAUGUCGUUAAAUCCUUUGCAAACCCAACAAGGUAUUCAAUGGGAGCACAGUCUUUUCCGAUAUUCGUCGCUGUUGGUGACUUCAAUAAUGACAAUCAACUAGAUAUUGUUGUCGCUUUUUCUAAUACCAAUAGCAUAGGCAUACUUAUUGGAUAUAUUAAUGGAACAUUUGCAGCACAAACAACAUUUUCCACUGGAAGUGAUUUUGAUCCUCGAUGGAUCGAUGUAGCCGACUUUAACAACGACAGUCUUUUAGACAUUGCUGUUGUGUAUUUUAAUACUAGCAAUUUAGGCAUCUUUCUUGGAUAUGGCAAUGGCACCUUUGCACUACAAAAGCCAUUGUCAACUGGCUAUAAUUCUAUGCCUUGCUCAUUGGCUACAGGUGACUUUAAUAACGAUGGUUUAUUGGAUAUUGUUGUUGCUAAUUACCGUACAAAUAAUAUAGGUAUCUUUUACGGAUAUGGCAACGGCACUGUUGCAGCUCAAAAGACAAUUUCAACUGGCGACAAUUCUAGCCCUAUCUCAAUCGCUGUAGGUGACUUUAACAACGACAGUCUGCUUGAUAUCGCAGUCGCUAAUUCUGGUACUAAUAAUUUAGGUAUAAUUCUCGGAUAUGGUAAUGGAAGUUUUGCAGCACAAAUUAUAUAUUCAAUGGCAAACAGUUCUGCUCCUCGUUUCGUCACUUUAGGGGACUUUAACAAUGAUAGUCUUUUAGACAUUGCUGUCGCCAACUCUGAGAGUCACGAUGUAGUUAUACUUUUUGGAUGGAGUAAUGGAAAUUUUGAAAAAAUGACGGCAUAUUCCAUGGGAUAUGGCUCUUAUCCGGUAUCACUUGUAGUUGGUGAUUUCAAUAAUGAUAAUUUAUUUGAUAUUGCCGUAUCGAAUUCUGGCGCUAAUACUAUAGGCAUACUUUACGGACAUCGAAAUGGAACUUUUGAAAUGUUAAAAAUGUAUUCACUAGGCAAUGGUUCUCGUCCUAUGUCGAUCACGACUGGAAAUUUUAACCACGAUAUAUGGCUAGAUAUUGUGAUAGCUAAUUUUAAUGGAAACAGUGUUAGUGUGCUUCUCGGACUUGAUAACAUAGAUGCAGCCAAUCAAACAAGCUAUUCAACCGGAUCUGGAUCACAUCCUUACUCUGUUGUAGUUAGUGAUUUCAACAACGAUACUCUGUUGGAUCUCAUGAUCGUUAAUUCAGCACAUGACAAUAUUGGUAUUCGUUUAGGAUAUGGAAAUGGAAAUUUUGAUGACGAAAUUAUAUAUCCUAUUGAGAGUAAUUCACGUCCUCAAUUCGCCAUUUUUUAUUUACUUCUUACGCAAACUUGUCUUGUUUUAGAUAUAUAA